CCUGAGGGGACAGAUAUAAUCCAGCACUACCUGUCAGUCUGAGAGUGCAGACAGAUAUCUUGCUCCAGUAGAGGUGGGACUGCUCACAAUUCAGACUGCAGCCCACUGAAAGAGGGAUAGGUGGAGCUUGGAAGUCCAUGGAAAUAUUACCACCUCAUCCUAAACAAUAAACCAGGGUUUUGAGCGAGAUGCAUUUCCGUCCGCGUUACAUUGUUGACCGAUCAGUUUAUACAAUUCCUGACUUUGAUGAAGAAUACCAGAAGAAAAUCAGGAGUUACCCCCAUUCACAAAAAGCAAAGAAAUUGUUCAGCUGCUCAACAGCCAGACUCAAAGCCCUUCUCAUUCAGUUCUUCCCAAUAAUUGGAUGGCUUCCGAAGUACAACAUUAAGAAGAGUUUAAUUUUUGAUAUCAUAUCAGGUAUCAGUGCUGGGACUAUCCAAGUCCCUCAAGGAAUGGCAUUUGCUUUGCUGGCCAGUCUCCCACCAGUCAAUGGAUUAUAUUCCUCAUUCUUUCCUCUUCUUGUCUACUUCUUCCUUGGAAGCAUACAUCACAUGGUCCCAGGUACCUUUGCUGUGUUGAGCAUUAUAGUUGGGACCGUGGUUCAAAAUGAGGCUCCUCUUGAAAAAUUUCAACACUUCAAUGAAACUCUGAAUGAAACGGUCACAGAUAAUGCCGCUAUGAAUGCGUAUCGCAUGAGAAUUGCAGGAACUGUAACUUGCUUAACAGCUGUAAUACAGAUUUGCUUGGGCUUUGUUCAGUUUGGUUUUAUCUCCAUCUAUCUCUCCGAAUCCUUUAUCAGAGGAUUCAUGACAGCAGCUGGGUUACAAAUCUUAAUCUCACUGUUGAAAUACAUCUUUGGACUGACCAUUCACGCUUACAGUGGUCCACUGGCAAUAAUAUAUACAUUCAUUGACAUCUGUAAAAACCUUCCCAAAACCAAUGUAGCAGCGCUGAUUUUUGCUAUAAUUACUGGUGUGCUCCUGUUCAUUGUCAAGGAGAUUAACGUCAGAUUUAAACACAAGCUUCCAUUCCCCAUCCCAAUGGAAACUAUUUUGGUCAUCGUUACCACAGCAAUCUCAGGCGGUGCAAGAUUACCACAAAAAUUUGGUAUAGAUGUUGUUGGAGAGAUUCCCCUGGGGCUGCCUCCUCCAGAAGCUCCUCUGGUUAAUCUGUGGGGUGAUAUGAUUGGACCUGCAUUCUCACUUGCUAUUGUUGGAUACGUCAUUAAUCUAGCAGUGGGGAGGACAAUCUCCGCUCGGCAUAGCUACAUUGUCAACGCAAACCAGGAAAUGUUGGCACUAGGCUUUGGUAACUUUUUUGGAUCAUUCUUCCGCAUCCAUGUUAUCUGUUGUGCAUUGUCAGUGACUUUGGCCAUAGAAGCAGGUGGUGGAAGCUCACAGUUUGCAAGUCUAUGCGUAGCGACAGUGGUCUUAGUGAUACUCCUGGUUUUAGGAACAUAUUUGGAGCCACUACCGAAGGCUGUACUGGGAGCAUUGAUAGCAGUGAACCUGAAAAACACUUUAAUGCAGGUCACAGACCCCUAUUACCUGUGGAAGAAAAGCAAACUGGACUGUUGUGUGUGGAUAGUGAGUUUCCUGUCAGCAUUUCUACUCGGUUUGCCCUAUGGUGUAGCUGUUGGAGUUGGAUUUUCAGCGCUGGUUGUCGUCUUCCAAACGCAAUUUCCAGUACCAACAUCGUUGUCCUUUAACUGCACGCCUAGUAAUCUACUCAGUUGUCUGAAAUCGCCAAUGCAGCGGUUCAAGAAGGAAAUCCACCACCACAUUUGCAGCUGCUGUUUAAGUGCAGUAAAUUUCCCAUUACCUGGAUCCCAAGCAAAAGAAAUCAGUGGCAUAAAAAUCAUUACCUACUGCUCCCCAUUGUAUUUCGCGAAUGUGGAGUUUUUCAGGAAAAAAGUAAUUAAAAAGUCGGGAUUUGAUCCAGUGAAGGUUUUGUUAGCCAAGAAGAAGUAUCUCAAAGCUGUCAAAAACGAGGAGCGGGAAAUAGACACCAGGAGACCAAGUAAUCUCUGCACCAAGCAAGUAUCUCUACAGGAGCUGGUGAAAGAGGUGGAAGCUGAAACAUCUAUGGACUGUAAUAAUAACUCAGUGGAUGAAGCUCCCAGAAUAUCCUACAUCACAGUCAACACUCCCAAUGGGUUACAUGAGGGAACACCAAAAUCCCCAGCAGAUCCGGAAAACGUUGAAGACCCCAUUAAACUUGCACACCCCAUAAUUGACAUUCAUACUCUUAUCUUGGAUAUGAGUGGAGUCUGUUUUGUGGACCUUAUGGGAAUUAAAGUAUUAGGAAAGAUGUGUUCAAAUUACAAGAAGAUUGGUGUAACAAUUUACCUGGCUGGUAUACGAGAUCAGGUGUAUGAGGACAUCGAGUCUGGUGGAAUGUUUGAUGAGGGAUGGCUAGAGCGUAGUUGUCUCUUCCUCUCGGUCCAUGAUGCUGUCCUAUACACGUUGGCUAAAAUGAGUGAAAACAAACAGGAUGCAGCCAAGGAGAAAGUUUCUGAUGCAGCAGCUGUCUAUGUUAAUGAAGACAUGUCAAGUGAUGAAAAUGAUGAUGAUGUGGAUUUAGAACAGGUCAUGUUUGGAACAAUGUUUGAUCAUAGUGUCGGGGAUCAUACCAUUCUGUGAAUAAAUUCAGAAGUACACAAAAUCAAAUGCAAGUGAUUUGCACUCAAAGCCUCAACAGCUUUCAGAAUAAAUAACUUGGCAAACGUGUAUUGUAAAGUGCUUUGCACUGGCGUCUGAUACACUGAGUGAUGUGGAAAAGAGCAUAACUGUGCAGGCACCAGUUAUUAUUAAACUGUGCAUCUUUUUUCUUGGUUGUAGUAUGCUAUUGCUUAUCUAAAACAAUGAUACUCGUGUGGAAUAUCUUGAUUUGGCACAUGUGAAAGUAUGUACUGUUGUACUUUGUCGAAGAUAUCUUAUUCCCAGCUCAGAUAGUAGCUCUCCUCUCUGUGACGAGAUGCUGAAAGUAGGGGCUCCCACUUUUAAUGCUAUUUUUUUACAGACAUGUUCAGAAAGAUGGGAAAAACCCCAUCCUGAGGUCACUUGCAACAUGAAGUCUUAACCGAAGUGUGCAAGGUGUCAGAUAAAGCACUGUGCUGCUCAUGGAUUAAAUGAGAUGUAGUGCCAUUGCAAGGAAAAUGUAAACAGCAGAUUCCCAAAUGCACUUCCUUACUGCAAUAGCAGUCAGUGGGUAGCAAUAACCAGUAACCCUGGCUGACAUUCUUUCCUUCUUAACCCAAGCGCUGAAACCAGAAGCAGCGCCCUAUCUGAAAGCAGCUAAUUCCGGACAACUGGGAAUUAAAUCUGGAGCCUUCCUGGUUUGCAUGGAUCAGCAAUAUGGAUAGAACCAAAAAUCACAUUCAUUUUUUGAGCCACUUUGAAGAGUAUUUAAGGAUGUUUGCAGAGAAGCAGCUUAAAUACUUUUUGCUUCCACAUUAAGCUCAAUGCAGAGAAGUAACACAGGGCAAUUUAUAUUUCAUGAAGUAAUUUAAGCUGUUGGGUUCGGUGAAGCACACUGCAUUUUAGAGAAUGGUCUAUGGUUGAACUAAUGUUCAUCCUGUGUUCCUUGAACAUUAUGUGAUUGUUACCUUCAGUAAGCCCCACAGUCACUGUCUAACAGUAAAGCAAACUGCUGCCUGUCAUUCAGGAAAGCAAGACCCACUCCUGUGCCAUUUCCCCACCUUUACUGACACAAGUGCAUUUAAUGCAUGGCUGUGACAUCUCAAUGUUAGUUAUCUUGACAAUACAGGAAUAGGGUAGGGUUUUUCAUCUUCAUAAUUAUGAAGUAUAUCAUUCUCAAAGUAAUGAAUCAAUGUUUUGUUGCACUCCACUGUGAAAUAAAUGCAAUUGUUAUUUAACUGAUGAACACCAGUGUAUGCUAAUGAUACAUAAAUAAAUGUAAUAUAUUACCAGUA